AGGAACCACUUCAAGAUGCUCAGGACGGCAAUCAGCUCAACAUACUCUCGACACGUCACAGGAAAAUCUAGGGCGUUCUCCACCGAUCGUUUGGUGACAAGGUCGCAAUCAUCCAAUGCGCCCCUUCUCUUCAACCUCGCCGCCCGGAGCCCAAGGUUCCUCCGACCCUCAGUGGCCACCAAUCCAUCAAGUUUGAAUUCCAGGAGAGCGUAUUCACUAUGGCCUUUCGGGGGCGGAUCAUCCAAGCCAUCACCACCAACGGAGGAACAAUCAGCCGCACAAUGCCCUGUUGUCGAGAAGCCUGCCGAGACCAUCACACCCAUCACAGCCCCCGAGACAUCACUAAGCACACCCGUCGAGCCGCAACUGGACCAGAUACUUGAAUCGACAUCAGCUAGCCAAGAACUUGCAGCAUUGGAGCUCGAGCAUGGUUUCCUUGGACGAUGUACGAGCGGGGCGAUCGAGAAUGUGCUCUGUACGCUCCACGACCAACUAGCCUUGCCAUGGUUCUUGACCAUCCCCGUCGUCAUCGUCGGGCUUCGAACGGUCCUGAUUCCCAUCAACGUCUGGUCGAUGAGGAUCGGGGCCCGGAACAUGAUCGUCAAGCCCUCGCUCGACCUCAAGAUCUCCAAGAUCAAGGAACUCCAAACUCGCGGAGAACAACAUAAGGCGCUGGCCGCCCAGAACGAGCUGAGAGCUUUCAUGAAACAGGAAGGCUUCAGACCUCUCGCGCCCCUCGGCCUGCCCCUCCUCCAGGGAAGUCUCUUCGUCUCCUUCUUCUGGGCUCUACGUGAGAUGGGAAGUCAUCAUCUACCUAGUCUGACUACCGAGGGCGCCCUCUGGUUCACCGAUCUCACCCUGGCCGGUCCUUGGUAUGGCUUACCGUUGAUCGCUUCUGGUUUGACUCUACUGAGUGUUGAGACUGCUUCCGAGAUGGGCGGCUUGAAAGCAGGUCAGAGCCAAAAGGUUAUGUGGUUUUUACGAGCUGUGAUUGUUGGAACCCUAUGGUUAUUCCACGAUUUACCUUCAGCGGUAUUUCUAUACUGGUGUACAAACAACAUGUUUUCGUUACUUUGGGGGACGUUUAUCCGGCUGAUCCCGAAGUCAUUGAAGGCCAAACUAGGGAUCCCCGAUACCGCUGCGAUCAACGCAAGUCAAACCACCUCGACGACUCCCACUCCCAGCUUCCUCGACGGAUUCAAAGCCGCCGCAUCUUCCCCUUCGUCUACUCCUCCACCAUCCUCUGCUUCGUCUAGUCCUUCUGUAGCUGCUGCUGCUGCUGCUCAUCACACUCUUCCUAUCUCGCCCCCGCAGCCCAUCCUUUGGCAAAAACCUGCUCCUAAACGCACUCUCAAAAAUAAUCCUAAGAAACCUGUCACUCCUACUACUACUACUACUUGAAAGAAGAAAGAAAAAUCCCCUCUUAUGAUGACACUUUUUUUUUAUACUCAAAUCUCUUCCAAUCAAUUUGGUCAUCUUUCUUUGCCAAACUACAUAUUCCCCCCAUAUAAAAGACAAACCAGCAUAGUCAUUGGUGGUUACAAACCUAUCCAUAUUCUGACAUGGUAUACCCACCCCAACUGAUAAGCUCAUAGAAAUCCAUACCUCUGUUUUUCAUUACAUAUACAAUACAUACAUCAUGUGACAUCUAGCUCAUUGGGAUGACAGAGAUUGCUGUUGGUUCCCAAGGGUCAAGAUUUAUGCACAUUCUCAAUAUUUAUGUAUACAUUGUCUGUAAGUGCUUGGGUGUGAUGGUGAGGGUGAGUUGUAAAGGUUGGGCUCCCGUGUCAUUCUGACUCGCAAACAGAUUCUACUUAUCUUGAACACAUACAUACAUCAGCAGGUGGUGAGGUCUCAAGAGUGCAAGUGAACAUUUUUUAUUCAGAAUUGAAUCAAGGAUCUUAGAAAACGCAAGUCCAACUAUCUAUAAUGUCUUU